AUGGAGUUUAUGACCCAUCUUCAAGAAGGGUUUGAUCCGCUCAAGCCCUCUCUCUUUGAGCUCCUCUCGGAGCAGCAGCUUUCGUCUCUUCUCCCCCCAUCGAUUCGAUAUCUGCUUGCCCUCGCAACACACCGCCACCCCCGUUAUCUCCUCCGAAUCCUCAACUCCUUUGAUGAAGUCUACGCUCUGCUCAUGCUCCUCGUGGAGAGGCAUUACCUCAAAACACACGGAGGAAGUUUCACAGAAAACUUCUAUGGACUGAAGCGGGAGCGCGUGCUGCGCGUCAAAGGCGGUGAAAUUCCCCGCGCGCAACUUGGGGCCGCCAACCUCGUGCGCGAAACGCUCAAGCUGCGCAACAUCGACAUCUGGAAGAAUCUCGCAGUUAUGGUAGGAAUUCCAUAUCUGAAGAGAAAACUUGACGAAGGGUACGACAUGCACAUUCCCCAAGCAACCUUGCUCGGAGGGCCGAGCUAUGUUAAUCGCGAUGCGCUUCCUCCCAAUCCAACAAUCAAACAGCGCUUGAUGUUCUACUACAAGUGGUUCCUACGACAUGUCUACCCGAGCGUCAACGCAGCAUAUUAUUUCUCCAUAUUGGCGUUCAAUCUAGCAUAUCUCUUCGACAACUCCCGCUAUAACAAUCCCUUUCUUUGGUUGAUUGGAAUCCGGAUGCGCCGGCUCGGCGCAGCUGACCAUCGCGCCAUUGCGGAAGCCCUGCAACCUAAAUCGAGCGCAUCGGGCUCAGGAACAAGACCCGGAGAGGCAGUGACAUCUAUGUUCCACCCACGAAUACUCACAACUACCAUUCUUCCAAGACUUUUAUCCUCUCUGAGAUACCUGCUCCCUACGUCCAUCUUCGCCCUCAAGUUCCUUGAAUGGUGGCACGCUUCAGACUUUGCAAGGCAGUUAUCUCGUAAAGCCACUGAAAAUAUUGAACUCCCACCUCCGGUCAUAGCGGGAUAUGAUAAACUUGCCCAAAAGGGCACCAAACCACAUUCAUCCUCACCGUCCACUACCACUACCCCCGGCGAGAAACACCAAACCAACCCAGACCAGCCUUCAUUACGCCUUUCCACAUCUUCAACUGCCAAGCGUCAUAGCAGAAAGCUGUCACCGCCUAUUGAUGCUCAUUCCCUCCUACCCAUUUUCACUGUCCCACUCCCCCCGCCAUCCAGCAGUAAUCUGUGUCCGAUUUGCUUGGACACAGUCGAAACACCGACCGCCGCUCAAACAGGCUACGUCUAUUGUUACGCCUGCAUACAUAAAUGGGUAGCAGGCAUUCAUGAGCGACAAGAAGCCUUCAUGGAAGGUGGUAGCGGUGCGGUAGGUGGCGGAGUCAGUGAGGGUGGGCGACGAGUAUACGCAGCCUCUCAUCAUGGAAUUGAUGAAGGAUACGACGAGCAAAUUACGUCCCCUUGGGCAGAAAAAGAUGAAGAACGCCAGGAAGAGGAAGAGGAAGAAAUAGGCAGCCGGAUAGGAUCCUGGGAAAGUGGAAAAGGCAGAUGUGCUGUCACAGGACGCAGAGUAUUGGGUGGCACUGAUGGCCUAAGAAGAGUUAUGAUUUGA